GCCGAGCGCACAUUACUAUUUUCAGGCACACAAGGCACCUCUUGACGGGUUUUCAAUAAGUCAAGAGGGCGGCGGUGCGAGGGAGCUGCUUUUUUUCCUUUUUUCAUUGAUAUUUUACGUGCGGUAGAUGCCGAAAUUGUAGUGGCCUCUGUGUGCGCGCGUGAUAAAACAUACGAUGCUGGAAGACGUAUCGGUGUGGCUUAAGGCCUGACGGUCCGUCGGUCGUUCCGGCAAAAAUGAAAGAAGCUCGUCGGUCCGAGCAGCUGAUGGCGGCCGAGUGCUGUUCGAGCCUCUGUGUCGUCUCCCAUCGUGGCGUUUAAGUGAGUGCGUGCGUUUUUGCUGCGCGUAACGAAGUGCGGCUACCGCGUGCGCUGGAGGAAAGAUCAUCCCCUGUGGAAGAUAGAUUUUCGCGGGGUGCGUGUACCGCUUCCGAGUUCGAGCGACCAACUAUUUCGUAACGGUGCUUCUCUUCUCUCGCUGCUCUCGGUACCCGACACGCAGGCAGGCACGACACGGUAAAGCCUGCAACCGCGGCGGUUCCACAGUGAUACGGGGCCCCGUGAAUCGAAAUACUCGCGAUCGAGGAACGGAACGUCGGAAGCGAGAGUCCCACGGGUCCUGGAAGUUUCAGGUAACGCGUAAUCCACGUUAGACGGUCGACGAGAACACCGUGCCGCUUCUCUGUGUUACACGGUGUAGGUGGGAGAUUCAACGUACGACGAUAGGGCGUGCGUUCGCGUGUGACAACGCCUAACAAACGAUCGCGCCCCUUUUCUCGCGGACGAUAUUAGACGAGCCGGCAAUUUUCUUCGGGAAUUUCGAGUCGACUGGGAACUCGAUGGAUCUCGUCGGUUGACAACCCACCUACGAUCAGCGCGUUCCGUUACGCGGUGAACAGUCCUCGUGCUAUGCACGCGCGAUCAUCAAUUUUCAUCCCUUUCUUUCUCAGGAACAUCUGAACAGUAGGUUAAUCGUGCCCGGACACACCACGUGCAGUUUUCGUAAUUUGGUGCAGUGUCGCUUUUGUUCCUUUGUGAGUGAAUGAGUUGUCCCUCGUCGACGCGGAAUGCGGCCUCCUCGGGGUGGACGCAGUCCUCUUUAAUUGCGUCCAACGCUGGAAAACCACAGCCAAGGAACGAACGUACAUCUCCCUCCAGUUCUCUUAGUGCCUCUGUUAAUACCAACAUGUCGUCAGGGACUUUUGUGGACCGGAUAGAUCCCUUCGCCAAGAGAUCUCUGAAAAAGAAGUCCAAGAAGUCUGAGGGAUCGUCUCGCUAUCGUAACUCUCAAGACAUUGAGCUUCAACAGUUGCCACAGCUCAAAGAUGCCACGCCGUCGGAACAAGAAGAUUUGUUCAUUAGAAAGCUUCGACAAUGCUGCGUGACCUUUGACUUUUUGGAUCCGAUGGCUGAUCUUAAGGGCAAAGAAGUUAAACGUAGUACGCUCAAUGAACUGGUUGAAUACAUCACUACUGGACGAGGCGUUCUUACCGAGCCUGUCUACCCAGAAAUCAUUAAAAUGAUUUCUGCAAAUCUGUUUCGCACAUUGCCACCAAGCGAAAAUCCUGAUUUCGAUCCAGAGGAGGAUGAUCCAACACUGGAGUUGAGCUGGCCCCACCUUCAGCUAGUUUAUGAAUUCUUUCUACGUUUCCUUGAAUCUUCAGAUUUCCAACCUACGGUUGGCAAAAAAGUCAUUGACCAAAAAUUUGUUUUACAGUUACUGGAAUUGUUUGAUUCAGAAGACCCUAGGGAAAGAGAUUUGCUGAAAACUGUUUUGCAUCGUAUUUAUGGGAAGUUCCUUGGCCUUAGAGCCUUCAUACGCAAACAAAUAAACAACAUUUUUUUGAGGUUUGUAUAUGAAACUGAGCAUUUCAAUGGAGUCGGCGAACUUCUGGAAAUUCUGGGUAGCAUUAUCAAUGGAUUUGCCCUUCCUUUAAAAAUCGAGCACAAGCAAUUUUUGGUUAAGGUGCUGCUACCAUUGCAUAAGGUGAAGUGCGUAUCAUUAUACCACGCGCAGUUAGCUUAUUGUGUGGUACAGUUUCUUGAAAAAGAUGCAACUCUAACGGAACCAGUUAUACGAGGCCUCCUUAAAUUCUGGCCUAAAACAUGUAGCCAGAAGGAGGUAAUGUUCCUUGGUGAAAUUGAAGAAAUUUUGGACGUUAUAGAACCUAGCCAAUUUGUUAAAAUACAAGAACCCUUGUUCAGGCAGAUCGCACGUUGUGUAUCUUCGCCACACUUUCAGAUAGCUGAGAGAGCAUUGUACUUUUGGAAUAACGAGUACAUAAUGUCUCUAAUCGAAGAAAACAAUCAUGUAAUAAUGGGAAUCAUGUUCCCGGCAUUGUAUAGAAUUAGCAAGGAACACUGGAAUCAGACGAUCAUAGCGCUUGUUUAUAACGUUCUUAAAACAUUUAUGGAAAUGAAUAGCAAGCUCUUCGAUGAACUUACUGCCAGCUAUAAGUCUGAAAGGCAAAAAGAAAAGAAGAGAGAAAAGGAAAGGGAAGAACUGUGGAAGAAACUGAAUGAAUUGGAAGUAGAACGACGUAAUGCUCUGACAGCUUCAUCCAACACUUCAGUUCCUGUCACUACUGCACCUGCGACACGUGCCCGCCCUUGAGCUGGUGGAAGUACAUUACCACGCUGCCCGAUCAUUAGUUCUUAGUUUACGUCGAUUGUCCAUACACUACAUGCAAAAAUUACUGUUGUUAGUGAAGGAAAGUGUCUCACAAUGACAUUCUUUGGCGUAAUGUAACUCCUUUCGUUAGUUAUGCCUGUCGAGGUGAAAAGGAGAAGAAGAAAAAAACACACGAACGAAGGAAGCAGUAAUCACAAUUUUCUUCUUGACGAUGAUUGAUGAGUUCUAAUAUUUUUAUUGUGUACAUUAAUUUCCAAUUUUCUUUUUUCCUUUUUUCUUUGAUAGCAAUGAUUUAAGUUGUAUAAUGUACUCAGUGUCAGCACAUAGUACGAGGAUGUUAGCCCCUUCUUAAAAAAAAAAAAAGAGUUCAGCUGUGCUCGGUAGGAGGAGAUGAUCAAAGUGUAAAUUACAAGUAGACGAAAUGUAUCCUUAUAACAUUGAGUUUUGCAUGUGACAUUCGCUUCGGUUAUUACACGGCUAAUGUCUUCUAAUGACUGACCCUCCUUACACUGAUUCUCGCCUUCGACGGAGCCAGCGGGGGCGUUGUUUGAAAUGUAUCAUAUAUUCGUAUUAUUGAUAAUGAUAACUAUAACAAAACAUAAUAAAAUUAGGUAAAAAUAUAUAUAUAUAAAUAUAUAUAUAUAUAUAAUAAUACAUUAUAUUAUAAAAAUAUGAUAAUAUUGAUGAUACGACGAGUCACACAUUCACAUAUACACGAUUACACUAAACUGUGGUAAACACGUGUAACGUACAGAACCGCUGUGCUAUAAAUAUUAACAUUAUGCCGACUGCAUGGCCGCAACAAAUGGAAUAAAUUUUUUCAAAGAGGGAGAGACCCGUAACCGAUAUGCUGCAAGUAUAUCGACGAAAUAAUAUUGAAUAAUAAGGUUCGAUUCUCUGAAACAAAAACGUAAAAAAAUAUAUGUUGUUUUUUAAAUAAAAAUAAUAAAAAAAAACAAAACAAGCGAGGGGCAAGUAUACAAUAAAAAAAAAUUAAUUGUACCAAAAUAUCCAUUGCUUAUAAAUAUAAUAAAUAAUAGAGAUACAAUGCAUAAGAUUUAUUCGGAGCUGUGCUCCAACAGGCCACCGCAAAGACGUGGGGAUCGUUUUUAAAGUUUCUUACCAUUGCAUAAUAAUAUUAAUAUUAAUAAUAAUAAUAAACAAUAGUAGCUCUUAAUAAAAUAGAUGGUUAACAAAAUGAGUGACUGCUUGCUCAUAUUUUCAUGAAGUAAUCGAGAGACAUCUAACAUAUUUGUUAAAUAUUAUUUUUCCAUCUUUUGUUUUCGCAUCGAAUAUGUUUUACCUCAUAUCUCAUAGUACACUUUGUUUACAUUACACACUGUUUAUCUCCACUUCAUGAAAAGAUUAGUUCAAAAAUAAAUUAAAAGUAUAUAAUUAUUGUAAAUGCUGUAAUGUGACGCGAGAAGAACAACAUAGGUAAAAUCAUAAGAGUUCUAUACGCAUAAAUAGACACUUUAUUAAACGAACGUCUCAUUUAUUUCUACUCUCUUCAAUUCUUUUUUAAACGCGAUACUUAUUCAAACACCAUGGACACCAUCGGGUUCGUCAGCUGUUCGUUAUGGCCUAUUUUAUUUUAAGUUCGCAAAUAUAUCCCUCCCUCCCAUUCUCACACAGAUAGAGCAUUUUAAUAAUUAUUACGUUUUGGGCUAACUUAGCUUUUAGCGCAGUUUCAAGUCUAACAUAAUAAGGAAUUCUAAUGAUAUAUAUUAGUAUUUUUUUAUAUCGUGACAAACUGCAUUUGUACGACAUCAUUAAUAACCGAAUAGAUGACAACAUGUUUACAAACAAGUACUUCCAUAAUUUGCGGGAAAUGGAAUAUAAUCAAAAGAAUUGGAACAAUAGAGAAAUCCUAUGGAUACAAACGCGAGCUACACUGUGAUAGUCUAUCGUAUGUAUUUAUCGUUAAAAACCAACCGUUUAGCGAUUAUUCCAUCGGUUUCAUUUUUUCUUUACGCAAAUUACGAAUCAAGCAAACCUCAACUUAUUUACGAUUAGUCCGAAUUAUAGUGAUGGUAUGAUUUCAUUGUAUAUAUAGAUUUAAUAGAUAUAUAUACUUCAGAUACUCGUAUUAAUCACUGUUAGGAAACCAACAGUUGUACAGUUGAUUUUAGAAUGUAAAAAGAGUAACAUAAACGAAAGUUGAUUAAUUUAUCCUUGUCAUAUUAAGCAUAAGAAUAGUUAGCUAUCCAUAUAUAAUAAAUUUAAGUGCAGUAAUCGAUUAAGAUUAUUACUUAUUUAUUUGUAUACAUUUAUAUAGCUGUGGCCCAAAGAUAUACAAACUUAGUUAAAAGUUGUUUUAGAAAGAUUAUUAUAAGAGUUAAAAAAAAAAAAAAGAAA